AUUCCAGCUCUUCGUAUGUAAAUGAGGGUGUUUCCGCUGCCUUGCCAAAAUGGCGAAAACUUAUGAUUACUUGUUUAAGCUACUAUUAAUAGGUGACUCGGCAGUCGGUAAAACAUGUAUUUUGUUCAGAUUUUCAGAAGAUGCUUUCAAUUCAACAUUUAUUUCAACAAUAGGUAUUGACUUUAAAAUACGAACAAUUGAGUUGGAUGGGAAGAAGAUUAAGCUGCAAAUAUGGGACACAGCAGGCCAGGAAAGGUUUCGAACAAUAACAACAGCAUACUACAGAGGUGCUAUGGGCAUCAUGCUGGUGUAUGACAUCACAAAUGAAAAAAGCUUCGACAACAUUAGAACAUGGAUUAGGAACAUUGAAGAGCAUGCUUCUAAAGAUGUGGAGAAAAUGAUGCUGGGGAAUAAGUGUGAUCUACAAGAUAGACGGCAGGUUUCUAAAGACAGGGGGGAGCAGCUGGCCAUUGAACAUGGCAUCAAGUUUAUGGAGACAAGUGCUAAAGCCAGCAUUAAUGUGGAGGAAGCUUUCUUUACACUGGCACGGGAUAUCAAGUCCAAGAUGGAUCGCAAAAUUGAUCCCUCGGGCCCUACAAAGUCUGGAGGCCAUCAACUGAGUGGGAAAGAUGGAAGUUCACAGAAAAAAUCUUUUUGGAAGUCUUGUACAUUAGUUUAGUCUCUGCUCCGAUGUAUGCAUGGUGUAAUUGUGUGGGAGAAAGUGCUACACACGACCUUCCCUCUGGUGGCCUGCACCCCUCACGGGUCCAGCACUAGUUUUUAUUUAUUUAUUCUACAGUCACUUGUAAACAACCAGAAAACUUUCUCCACAUAGACGUGAUCUGAUCUGCCUAAUCCAUCUGAGUUGAUGGAUUGGUAGCCUGGUCCAUCUGAUGGAUUGGUAGCCUGGUCCAUCUGAUGGAUUGGUAGCCUGGUCCAUCUGAUGGAUUGGUAGCCUGGUCCAUCUGAUGGAUUGGUAGCCUGGUCCAUCUGAUGGAUUGGUAGCCUGGUCCAUCUGAUGGAUUGGUAGCCUGGUCCAUCUGAGUUGAUGGAUUGGUAGCCUGGUCCAUCUGAUGGAUUGGUAGCCUGGUCCAUCUGAUGGAUUGGUAGCCUGGUCCAUCUGAGUUGAUGGAUUGGUAGCCUGUUCCAUCUCAGCUGAUGGAUUGGUAGCCUGGUCCAUCUGAUGGAUUGGUAGCCUGGUCCAUCUGUUGGAUUGGUAGCCUGGUCCAUAUGAUGGAUUGGUAGCCUGGUCCAUAUGAUGGAUUGGUAGCCUGGUCCAUAUGAUGGAUUGGUAGCCUGGUCCAUAUGAGCUGAUGGAUUGAUAGCCUCAAGUAAUGCGUGAGCAUCUUGUCUUUCCUCUCCCACCACUUGAGUCCUGUGCUCAAUGCCUGACUGUUUUUGUACUGUUGUGUAACUGGUAGUGUGUGCAUGUUACUCUGUGAUUGGGUGCAUGCACUAGGGUACUGGAGCCAAAGAUAGGCUUUUGGGUAGUCAGACAAUAUUUUAUAAGCAGCAACCAACUCUUCACACAUUUUCUAUGUCAUUUCAUGUGUCACCAGUCAUUAAGUCUGACCGUAUUGUGUCACCAGUCAUAGGACUGCAGAUUGACUCAUCUACUCAUCUGAUUGGCUCACCUUUGUGGUACCAGGCUUUAGAAAUGAUGCCAAUAGAAGAUGCAUCUUUUAAAACUCACGUGAGUGAAGUCACUGAAUGAGUGAAACAAAAAUGUGUCUUGUGUAACCUGGAGCCAGCCCCCACAGCCCAGGAGCCAGAUGCCAAUAGAUCUAUAUUGAAACAGAACAUGAAGAAUUUUGUAUCCAUUUAUAUCAUGUACUUUUUAUUCAUUUUUAAACUGUGAGGACUGGCCUAUACAACUAUUUUCUUGUAGAGUUUAAUGUCUGGCUAUACCUGACAUAAGGAUAGCAUGUUGCUGUAAGAUGUGGACAAAUUUGUUGCUAUGGUGAUCAUUAAACUUGUACAAAUGUC